AAAAACACACCUAAACACAUAAGCAUGCACACACUGUGUAUUGAUAACAAUAAUAAAAACAAGCUGAUUCAAUAAGACCAGUAGGUCAGUCAGUCAGUCAGUCAGUUGAUUUCUGUCAGUUUGAAUGAGACACAUAGCAAAAAAAAAAACAAAUAUAAAUAAAAAAUAACACUUGUACCUGCGCAAACAUUGUCUUAAAAAGACACAAAAUUGAGGUUAGUUUUUAAUAAUAGCAAAUAUAAUCACCUUUUAAAUAAUUGCACUAAAUUAAUUUUAUAAUAAACAGUUAAUUAAAAGUCUAUUGAACACUACUAAAUGAUGGAAAAUAUAUCAAAACAAGAAAAAAGUUCAUUGAACCUGUCAAUUAUUGCCGGAAUAUUUGCAACGACAGGCAGUUUGUUUGGUAAACUUGCUGGAGCGGUAGAAACUGGAACAAUUAUUGAAAUUACAUUUAAAUUAUCAUUAUUUAUUAUAAUGAUUAUAUUCAAUACAGCUGGAUGUACAUUUUUUGUAAAAAGUUUACAAGGUUGUUCAUCAUCAUUACCAGCAACUGUUGUUAGUGCAGCAACUAAUUAUUUUUGUUCAGCACUUGCUGGCUUCUUGGUAUUUGGUGAGACUACCUCAAUGCUCUGGUGGUGUGGAACAUCUUUGGUUCUAUUGGGUCUUAUUCUCAUCUGUUAUUCAACAUCAUCAACAAUAAAACAACAAAAUAAUAUUAAUGAUAAAAAGAAAAAUUAAUAUUUUUAAAUAUUCUCAUUAUUAUUACAUUUUUUUUG